UCCAUCUAGAGCUGAUGGAAUGUUCAGCAUGUAUAAAUGCAGUUCUAAGAGGAAGCAGUAGACUAGAAGGACCUGGCAGAGACAGAGAGAUACAAACCUUUCACAGGUUUUCAAACAAAUCUCAAGAUAUCACUGUGGGAAACACUGGUUGACCUGACAGAAUGUUCUCAAUCCUGUUUGUCACAGUCUUCUUGGCCAGCUGCUUGGCAAUGCCCAUCAAAGAACCGUACUCGUAUUCCUCUGCGGUGGGUCUGGGCACUGGCACCCCAUUUGCUUCCUCCGGUGAGGGACGCAUCACAGCGGUCAGAGUGUGGGAGAACAACAACUACUACUACUACUACUACUACAACAACAACGCCUACAUCAACGGGUUCCAGCUGAGAUAUAGCAACACCUGGUCUCCUGUGUUCGGUCGCGAAGUGGGUGAAAAGCAGGAGAUGGAGCUGUUUAAGGAUGAGGCCAUCGUCGAGGUGUCUGGGAAGUACAACCCAGCAGACUACAUCUGCUACCUGGUGAUCACCACCAACACAGGGCGCACUCUGGCGGCCGGCCUGCCUAACCAAGUCUCCUUCAACUUCUACCCAGCCAACAAGGGCAAUGAGCUGAGGCUGCUCAGCGGUCGCUUCAACGGUGCCGGGAUCACUUCCAUCGGAGCCCACUGGGGAUUGGUGUACAAGGAAGAGGCUGGAAACAGUACCUCCUCUUAAUCGA